AAGAUGUGGCUGCUUUUGAUUCUUGCUGGCUGUGUCUUGUUAGCUUCUCUGACCUAUUUCAAGAUAUUCAAAGGCAGUCCCUUCUCUAAGGAUUCGGUGAGGCAACCUAAAUCUUUGGUACUGGAUCAGAAAGCCAGAGACAAAGUUCUGAAACAUGGGUUUGCCACUGAUCGUAUCCCAGUGAAUCUGGACGCCAUUGUGAUUGGAAGUGGGAUUGGCGGGCUGACUGCUGCAGCGGUUCUGUCCAAAGCUGGUAAACGGGUCUUGGUGCUGGAGCAACAUGAACAGGCAGGAGGCUGCUGCCACACCUUUGUGGACAAGGGCUUUGAGUUUGACGUUGGGGUCCACUACCUUGGUCAGCUGCAUGAGAAUGGGAUGCUGCGUGUGAUCCUGGAUCAGAUCUCAGAAGGGCAGCUGGACUUCGUGCCUCUGGAGCAGCACUACGAUACCAUCAUCAUCGGAGAGAAGGAGGACACCCGCCUCUAUCACAUGUACAGUGGGAAGACCGAGUUUGCAGAGGCCCUCAGAAGGCAGUUCCCCGAGGAGACCCAGGCCAUUGACAAGUUCAUGAAGCUGAUGAAGCACGUGGCUCACAAGAUCCAUAUUUAUGCCAUGCUGAAGAUCGUCCCGCAGUGGAUGUCCAUGUUCCUGAUCCAAACGGGCCUCGUUUACUGGAUCUCCUCGAUCUUCAAGCUGGCGAUCACCAGCCACACCGAUAUCCUCAACCAGCUCACACAAAACAAGGACCUCCACACUGUCUUCUCUUAUUUGUUCUAUGGCGUCGCCCCAAAAGACUGCAGUUUUGUCAUAAACGCCUUGCAGUUGCAUCAUUACAAGCGGGGGGCAUGGUACCCCAGAGGUGGGGCCAGCGAGAUUGCCUUCAACAUCAUCCCGGUCAUCCAGAAGGCAGGUGGCGCUGUUCUGGUCAGGGCUCCUGUCAAACGUAUCCUAGUGAACAAAGAUGGGUCAGCUUGUGGAGUGGCAGUGAAGAAAGGUCAGGAGGAGGUCAAUGUUUAUGCCCCUGUGGUCAUUUCCAAUGCAGGGAUAUUCAACACCUUUGAAAAGUUCCUACCACCUGAGCUACAGGCCAAACCUGAGAUUCAGUCCCGACUCAGCAUGGUUAAAAGCGGAAUGGGUUCAUUUCUGGUGUUUGUGGGUCUGGACGGAACAAAGGAAGAACUGGGGAUUAAAUCAACCAACUUCUGGAUGUAUAAGCACAACAACCUGGAUGAAAUGAUGGCGCGCUAUUCUUCUUUGAGCAAAGAAGAGGUGGCCGACAACAUUCCCAUGAUGUUCAUCACAUUCCCAUCAGCCAAGGACCCCACUUUCAACAGCAGACACCCAGGGAAGUCGUGUAUGACCCUGCUGACAAUGGCUCGGUACGAGUGGUUUGAGGAGUGGCAAGACAGCCAGGUGAAGAAGAGGGGCGACGACUAUGAGAGCUACAAGAUGUCCAUCGCUAAUGUGCUGAUCGGCUGGGCAACAGAGAUCUUCCCCCAGCUAAAGGACAAGAUUGAGUUUGUGGAGGCAGCCACCCCCCUCUCUAAUCAGUACUACCUGGGAGCCCCACGAGGGGAGAUGUACGGGGCGGAACACGACCUGGGGCGCUUCAGCACUGACGUCGUGGCAACAAUGAGGUCACAGACACCCAUCAAGAACCUCUACCUCUCAGGUCAGGACGUGUUUUGCAAUGGUGUGGCAGGCGCUCUGCACGGGGGUCUCCUCUGCGCCUCGGCAGUCCUCAAUUGCAACCUCUACAUCUACCUCUUCCUGCUCAAGAAACAACUCAAGAGGGAAAGAGCCAGGAAGCAAGCCUGAGGAGACAGCAACCCUCUGUUGGCACUGAUGUUAAGAUAUAGCAGUGCUCUAAUUUUCAUAGUAAAUAGCACUUAACAGUACUGUACAUGCUACUACGCACCAUACUCUAUUCGCAAGACAAUUGCUUAACCUUCAACAUCAUACCCAGCUUGAGGUGGCAAAGCCCUCAGAAUGUGCGCUAAUAUACAGGAAAAGAAGGGUGUGUGUGUGUAUAUUUCACAGCAUAGCCUGUAAAUGCCUACUUGUGCCACUCUGCAAUCUAGUUUAUGUUGAAGAGAAAUGCUCAAGCUUUAAAAUGAUACCCUACUUAAGGUGGCACAUCCAGACUAUCUAUGUGAUUUCCCCCUUAAAAUGUGAGCUAAUAUUCAAUAUGUAAUUGUGCGAGUAAGUAAUUACCUUCAGCCUCGAAUCAGGAAUAAGUAACUAACUUCAGCCCUCGAAUCAGGAAUAAGUAACUAACUUCAGCCCGGUACUUCUGUAAAGCUCAGAGCCCCUAUCCAGAACUCGUCUGUUGAGUGUCAGUUUUGGGUUCCAACUAAAGUUAUCUGUGAUUGGCUGAACGCGUCGGCAGACAGCAAGAGCAAGCCUCGAUUUCCUCGAUGGACGUGGGCGAGGCUGAGGGGAAUGAUUGACACUUUGCGCUUGCACAGUUUAAAUAAAAUGUAUUUAAAAUAAACUGUGGAGCAAAAGUACACAGCUGAAAUAAAGAUCUUGCGACA